AUGAUCGGAGUUGCCGCAGUCUCUAUUCGAGCAGGAAGGACCGCCAGGAAACACUUGGAAACGGAACUGGAUUCUACGGUCUACGUGGGGGAAUUAGAAGGGACCCGAAUGGCCCUAGAUCGGGCGAAGCCUAUCCCGGUCACGGUCUUCUCAGAUAGCCAGGCAGCUAUUCAAGCUGUGCGCAACCCUGGCUGGCUAUCGGGCCAGUACGCACUGCGGGCUAUCUACGGGAGGAUCAGGGCCCUGCGUAGCGAGAGCCUGGAAGAUACUGAACUGCGUUGGAUUUUCGCUCACAUCGGGGUAGAAGGAAACGAAAAGGCGGACAAGAUAGCCAAGGGGACUGCGAUAAAAGGACUUAAACUAAGCCCAGCGAUCCGUUACGUUACCGAAUUUAUGCAACAAACAGGCCUCCUUCAACAAUUCCGAUUCGCUCGAUUGGACGAGGAGGACGACGAGGAGGC